GAGUUUGGGCGCAGCUAAGGUACCUUGUCGCGAGGACAUUAAUGAUGAGAAUCACUAAAGGCGCGAGGUUGAUGAGCAUUUACUGCGGCGACCAUCAGCGUGACCAACGUGUCCUUUGGUAACAUGUUCACUAAACGGCACCUUGCGGCCAGAUGAUGCAAUUCCGCCGAAGCUUUUGAAGCUUUUAUUCGGAUCAAUGUUGAGUAUGAGAGACUCGUUGUUGUGUGUCGCACUCCCUCUCUCUCAACCACAUCUCCCACAACCAUGGCAGCCUCCUUCGCACGCAGCGCGUUCCGCGCAAGGACAUCUAAUCCUACAGCCCGCCUAUCCACCACACACGCCACCUUCGCUGCGCGACAAGCAUCGCCCAUCUUCCGCCGCUUCCUCGCGACACCACGAGGCGAGCAGCCACGCAUCAGAAUCGGCUCGGAAGCACCCAACUUUCAAGCCAAGACCACGAUAGGCGAUAUCGACUUUCACAAAUGGCUGGACGGCAAAUGGGGCAUCCUCUUCUCGCAUCCCGCCGACUUCACGCCUGUCUGCACCACCGAGCUCGGCGCAUUCGCAAAGCUCAAGGAUGAGUUCGAGAAGCGCAACGUCCAGAUGAUCGGUCUUAGCUCCAACGACCUCUCAUCUCACUCCGGCUGGGUCAAAGACAUCAAUGAGCUCUCCCAGACCAACCUCCAAUUCCCCAUCAUAGCCGACGCCGACCGCAACGUAGCUUGGCUGUACGACAUGAUCUCCGCUCCUGACCUCGAGAAGCUGGAACGGGAAGGCGGCAUCGCUGCUACCAUUCGAUCUGUCUUCAUCAUCGACCCGAACAAGAAGAUCCGCUUGACGAUGAUGUACCCGAUGAGCACCGGCCGCAAUACGAGCGAGGUGCUGAGGGUGAUCGACAGCUUGCAGACGGUGGACCGCAAGGGUGUCAGCACGCCGAUCGACUGGCAGGUGGGCGAGGAUGUCAUCGUGCCGCCGUCCGUCAGCACGGAGGACGCCGAGAAGAAGUUCGGCAAUGUGCGGGAGCUGAAGCCAUACUUGCGGUAUACGCAGAUAUAAGGGUGAGCGAGGACGAGUGCGCUGUAUAGUGGGCGCUGGAUACAAAUGUCGUAGAGGCAUGCGCAAGCAUAGAAAGCAGGGG